AUGACGAUUCUUGCCCGACUAAAUGUCAAAAGAGAAGAAUUAGAAGACAAAUGUAAUUCUUUAACUCAUUCUAGCGUUCCAAAAACUAUUUUACAAAAUAAGAUAAAAACACUUAAUGAGUUAAUUAAUGCUUACGGUUCAACUAAUCAACCAAUAACUUUAACAGAAUCUGAAUUAAUACUCAACCAACAAGUAGUGGGACCGUCCGGCGUAGGAAAAACUACUUUCGCCCAAAUAAUCGCCCAAGCCCUGGGGAAAAAAUUUUUCUCGGUAGCAUUAAAUGGAUUAUCAGAAACCUCAACACUUCUAGGCAGCGAAAAUAAUUCGCCCGCUAAUAACGAGGGGCAGUUGGCUCAAGCUUUAGUAGAGACUAAAACUUCUAACCCAGUAAUCUUACUGGACGAAAUUGAUAAAGCCAGCCUUCCACUUAAAAAUUGCCUACUGAAUAUUCUGGACCCUAAACAAAACCACACAAUCUUAGAUUACUAUCUGGAUGUCAAAUUAGAUUUUUCCCAAAUAACUUUUGUGUUAACAGCCAACGAAACCAAAAGUUUUCUUCCUUCUCUCCGUGACCGCAUGCUGAUUAUUGAAAUACCAGGUUAUAACGGAGAACAAAAAAAAGAAACUGCUAACAAGAUUAUUCAGCAAUGA